UCGAAGGAAGUAACGACCAGGCAACUUUUCCACGAUGUCUCUUUCCUCCUAUAUAAUUCUCUUCGGAUUAGCCAUCUUUGGAAUUCAUUUCUGGCUGCAAACUAAAAGUUAUAUUUUCCAGCAUGAAGAAGUUUCGCGGAUAGCCAAACGCCAUGCAGGGAACGACAAAAACAUUCGUGCAAUGUUCACAAAGAUAGCUCUAGACCUUGAAAAAAAGUACCCAGGUCACAUCCUACCUGAAGAGUCAAGACAGUGGCAGUUUGUGAAUGCUGGGGGCUGGAUGGGAUCGAUGUAUUUACUGCAUGCGUCUCUGACCGAAUACGUACUAUUCUUUGGUACAGCUGUUGACACACAAGGACAUUCAGGACUCUACUGGGCAAACAUUUCUGACACGGUACUAGCUGGCUCCCUACGUCAGUGGAAGGAUGGCACCCUUGAAAGUCAGGUGUAUGGUGCAGGAGACCUUGUGCUUCAUGGCUGGGGUGAGGUUGCUGCUGUGCAAUUUUCGGCUGGAACAUGGAUGGUGGAAUAUGGUCGUGGCUUUGUUCCUUCCACUCUUGGGUUUGCACUGUGGGAUUCCAUCUUUAGUACACUGGACUUUGUUUCAGCUUCAAAACUGAUUGCAGUUUAUGCAAAAGCCCUGGUUCGUGAAACUGCAUUUCAAGUACAGGAGAUGAUUGAGACACUCAAGAAAAACAUGAAGUCGUAAUUUUUUAUGGAGAAUUGGGACUUAUUUAAUGAUUAUUAAUCUCAUGAUGUGAAAAAUCUACUUGCUGAAGAUGUCAUGAAUGAAUCUUGGAUAUUUGAAACAGACCAGCAUGCAUGAAAUUUACUUUGUUUCGCAUCUUGCUGUGCACAUAGACCGUGAGCAGACGUCCCUCUUCUUCGGCGAAGUCCUUUACGCGAGCCAAAAAAAACAAAAAAAACAAAAAAUACAGUAAAAAAAAAAUUGACCUUAAAGGGUCACAAGAGCUUUGGGAGUGAUGCGCUUGAAAAUUUGACCUCCUGCGCCGCAUCAACAUCAAUUUUGUGGUUGUUGAUUUUUUUUUGGACUCGUGCGACAGACUUCACCGCAAAGAAGGGACUGCUCAAUCUCUUAUUGAACAAUACUUUUAGGAAAUAUCCACACUUAAAAAAUAACAUCAACCAUUCGAAAAACGAAGCAAAAAACGUACGAAUUUCUUACAUUUACGAGAUUACCUGACUUGAAUUACUAAAACUUACGAGCAGAAAACUGCGCAGCUUUGAGUAGAAAAUUAUUAAAACUGUACGAUUUCAAGACAAAAAGUUCUAUUAAACAACACUUUUGGGACAUGUCAACACCUCAAAAUGGUAUUUACUGUUCUAAUGAAGAGUCCCCAACUUCGCAAAGCCUCAUUUGAAGUCAGAUUUAAGCAUAAUAAUUCGCAUCACUUUUGGGAAUGAAUUAUCGUUAACUCCAAAACUAAUUUUUGUCGUUUGAAAGAGCUACAUGCUCACUGUUUUUUGAAACGAGAAUUAUUUAGCAUAUUUUCUUUUCAUUUUGAGCUCCAAAAGGUCUGGCUCAAUCGAGAUAGAACGGCAAAACAAUCUGGGAAGUUAUGAAACCUCGCGGCUAAACUCGACGUGAAUUUUCAGCCGAAGUGAAACUUCACACUACACGUUAAGGAGGCACGGCCGGAGUUGCGCGCGCGCGUAGUGGAACCAUUACUCUCGGGUGUGAUUGAAAGAGGUCAGUGACACAAAGAUUACGUUUAUGUUUGUCGAGGAAAAAU